AUGGGUAACGAAAAAUUGUUACUCCUGGCGAAAGUGGCAGGUCUUACGUCUUCCGGAAUCUUUUCUGGCUACACGUGGGCACUAUCGCGAGCUACUGUGCCUGCAAUUGUCGAAUAUGGAUCUGGUGACGAAGCAGUCAUGCUAGCGCAAUGGCGAUAUCAAUAUGUCGAUGGUGCAGCAUUUUCUCGGCCUUGCUGUCUGGUCAAUGCAUUGAGUUUUGGAUAUUUGGCAUAUCAAGGUAGGGCGCACCACAAUGACUGUUAUGGCAAUCUUGGUUGUCGUGCUGAAGUCAUACAUGAGGUUGUUGUACUAAUUCAUGCUCGACUAGCUGGCAACGUGGUCACUCCUAAUCUCAGAAUACCCUUGCAAUACCUGUACAUCAUCGCAGCCAUCGCAUCAGCCUCUGGUGUUCCAUGGGCUCUCACCUUACUUCGUCGCACGAACGGUGCCCUCAGUAUUCGCUCGAAACGUCUUGCAGGACCAUACAACGACCCUAUUAGUCAGCCAUUGUGCAUCACUUAUGCUAGCCACGAGCAAGGCGCAAUGAAAAGGGAGAGUGAUGAUCCAAAGUACAAGACUGCGAAAGCCCUGAUCAACAGGUGGAAAUGGCACAACGAUUUGAGGACGGCCUUGUUGAUUCUUGGAACCAUUGUGGGUGCAAUUGCUGUCGUGCUAGAUCUCUGA